GCUCGGGGUUGUCCGCAGUGUAGUUGACAAGUAAUUCAAGAAGCUAUAGUGCAAUAAGUGCAGUUUAAUGUGCAGAUCUGGUCAAAUUCGCCUUUGACGCUGAAAAAUUCGUUGCAGUGGAAAUUUUUUGGAUUACCUAUUUACCAAGAUUGGAUUGAAAAGAGGAAGAAAUGAUAAUGGCAGAGUCAUUCACCAAUUCGCAACCUAGAAGAUCUUCAGCAAGCCAAUAUCAGCAACAUGCGAUAACAAGCAGUUCAAAGGAUAGAAGCUACGGAAACACUGCCAACUACGAGAGGCUGAAAAAUAGACCACCUGAUGAAUGUUCACAUAGCACCACAGAGUAUUGUAGAAACUGCAAAAGCUGCUGCGAUAUUGAUAGAAGACGACAGAAAUGUUAUGAGCAAGCGCGAGGAAAUUGGCAUGAAAUUUCGGAUAGAAAUCACGGCAUUGGAAGUAGAAACGAAAAUGGAGCAGCGAUGAAUUGGCAGAAAUCAAAUGAAGAGAUGUUUGGAAAUCAUAAGCGAAGUGGAGGGAACAAUCAAUCAGAGUCUAAACGAUUUAAAUUCUACUGAGUACCAGCGCCAGGAAGUUUAAUUUGGAGAGCAAUGUUUUAGUAUUAAUUAAAACGAUAAAUGGCAAAAGAUUAGUGCGAUUUGGCAAGCUUAUUGUUUUCUAGAUGAAUACAAAUACUGUGCAUCGAUUUAGUACUAAUUGUAACAAAAUGAUUAGAAAAAUAAAAUUAUGCAGCGGUUCAGGAGCGCGGUCCUGCCCUUUUUGUUGUAAGCCAACAAUUGUUGGAGGUUUGAAAUAUUGCAAUUUUGCAUUAUUGUUAAACAGCAAAAGAUGGUUUCAAAAAUAAGAAUUCGACCACGCGGGUCGUUUAUUUGUGCAGCACCCAAUUCAAAGGGGUUUGUCCAACCAUUAAUUAAUUAUUGUAAAAAAACAAUUCAAGUUCUGGUGUUUGAUUAGUGUCCGAUCGGAUUUCAACUGUAAAUGUAAACUAUUCCAUCAACAAAAUUCUUCGUUGGAAUUUAUCAGUUUUCAUUGUUUCCUUCUCAAAUAUUUUGUGGCAAGUGCAUUAUUAUUUAAUUCAAUAUUGAGUUAUUUGCAGAGUUCGCCAUUUAUCCUUUACUUAGAAUUUGUUCCCUUAACGCAGCGAAAGCUUGCAACGCCAGCUAUUCGCACGAGCACUCUACAUAACUCGCAGGUUCCCCUCUUUACCCCACUCAACUCCUAAGCGUGUGAGUCUGUGAGGCUGUUAUAUGUGGCGGCGUUUGCUUCAACAGACACAUUGAAACAAUCUUGCAGUAGGCUGGCUCAAUGGAGAGUGAGAUCAAUGUUAACACGGGCAGCGAUUCGCGGCCGAAUCCGCCGGUCUUAUCAUCAGCCAAGCAUAAGAAAAGGGCUCUGUCCUCUAAAAGUUCGCUACUCGAAACAUCAACCGGACCGUCUGGUGGCACGAGAACACCGCCUAAGUGCGCUAGAUGUAAGAAUCACUCGGUAAUUGCACCCCUGCGAGGACACAAACGAUAUUGCAAGCAUAAAUCGUGCGAAUGCGCCAAAUGCGUAUUGGUAGCCAAACGGCAAAAGGUGAUGGCUCAACAAACGGCCCUCCGACGCGCCCAGGCCCAGGACGAAGAACUCUUCGGCAGCCAGGGCAUCAACCCACUAAGCCCGUCGCACAUGCCAGACUCGCCUCCCUCGGAAUCGCGCUCGCUGACUUCACCCUCAGCGAGGACGUCACCCCCUGAUGCAACCACCAACGACAAACCCAAAAACUACUCCAUUGCCCAUCUCCUCGCCAGCAGCUCGAAUGACGCCUCACCUGACGAAAGAAGGACUCGAAUCCUGCAAAACGGACGUCCCUCAUCGUCAGAGCCGUCGUGCGAGGAACUGCAACAGGCACUACAAAAAGCAUUACUGGAAUGCCACAUCCCUCCACCAUGGAAUCACUGCCAAUUGGGCCUAAUGUUUUGUCUGCUGAAACUGCACCGUUGGAAUAUUGAAAGAGCCAAGGAAUACUACAUGAAUGGGAUUCAAGAUUUGGACGAAAUUUAUAAGUCUGUGAUCUCAGAUGCGCGUCUCACGAUGCCUGCCAUACGAAGACAACUGUCGCCAUCAACUGCAGACUUCUGCACUGCCACAAUGCACGCCCCCUACCCUUUCAUGCAGGCGCACCCAACUCACCUGACGAGACUGUGCGACAUGAGUGGCAUUCCGCCUUCAUUUCAGUUUCAGCCACCCUUCUGGAAUCCCAGUUUGCUGCAAGCACAUGACUUGAGCAGACAACGAGACUCCUACCCUCCAGCAAAGUGGAAACCUUCAAAACCUGAGGAGAAUUAGCUUUCUUGCUGAAAGCGAAGCGAAAACAAGAAUAAUGGCUCUCAUAAGGAACAAAAAGAAGUGGAUGGCCUUUCGGUUGUAUCUCGCAGAAAAGAGCUCGUGGCUGAAGACACGCUCUCACUCCUAGUUGGCUCUCCACUCUUCACCGCCCCAUUAUUGGUCACAUUUUCUGCAAAAUUCAGCGCUUUUGUGAAAUGCAUAUUGGACAACGUACUGACUGAGUAAUGCUAUCCGACAAGCAUGGAGGACCUUUUCUCUCUAUUUUAUAUGAUGCUCGUGAAUGGAAAAUGCUCUGUGAAAAACGCGACGCCUGGCUGUGUAAUGCUUGUGCCAAUAUGACUCGUUUGCUGACGUCAAAUUAUUUUUAAACUGCAUCCGAAUGAAUCUCGAAUUUUUGAUCAGUCGUAUUGUUGGAAGUUCAUGGAUUGUGAACAAGAAUGGUGAUAUAGUGAUUCUAUAAGACAAGAAAAAAACAAUUUUGACUUCGAAGCUCACUUAAAUUCAAGAGACUGAUAUUUUGGGGACGAUGAUGUUUAAGCUCACUGUGAGAGGACAAAAAUUUUGUUUGUGAUGAGAUGUUACGUCACUCAAAAAUAUUGAAUGUGGUGAUAAUAUCUUUUGAUAAGUACGCUAAGUCACAAGAGGAGUUUUCGAUAGAAAUAAUAUAAAUAAAUGAACUUGUUCCUGUCAGAGGCGUGAAAUGGUUUCUAAUAUUGUAAAUAUAAUAGACUUUGAGUCAAAGUCAUAAUAUGUACAGAGAGAUGCAACAAAAAUCAAAAACUCAUUCGACAGUUUGCCAGUAGUUAAUGCAUGUGUAGGCUGACGUGCCAACGACAAUUAAUUUCUGUUAAUGUGUGUAAAAAAACGCUACACGGAGCAAAUAAACUGCUUUUUAAACAUAAAAGGAGCCAACAAGUGCAAAAAUUUAA